AUGACUACGCCGACCUACACCGACGGUAUCACAGCCGCGACCUCACUCGGUCCGUUAACCACAACGUUCUCGCCGCCUUCGUCGUGUUUUCCACUCAGCCCAUAUACGGACACAGUAGAUGGCACACAAAUCUACAAGGUAGGUACUGUGAGUGCGGACGAUGGUUGUUUACCUCCAGACUGGGUCGUCAACGGUUAUUACUCCCCAGGAAUAUGCCCAAGCGGUUACACGGAGGUUUGCGAGGCACCAGGUGACAAUGUCGUGACAACAGUCUGUUGUCCAUAUUACCAUUUCGACUACUUUCAAUGUUAUCCAGGGGUGAAACUUGGCAGCUAUGGAUGUGGAUAUUACACUACUUUUCAAGGGGGCGAGUUCGCGAAUAUCUUAGCUCCCAGUAUCCAAAUAUUGAAUGCAGCGAGUGAUACAGAUAGUCUUACAGGGUCUACUUCUUCUCGAGGGUCAAGACCUACUGGAUCGGUAACAUCCAGCGGAGUGAUACCGACCGGCUCAACGAACACGAUCAACUCGGACCUAUCCACCUCGAAUACAGCCAACCCCGGUGUGGGAACUUCUCCCUCGGAUAUUUCUGCCGUAGACACCUCUACACAAAAUGAUUCGGACUCUUCAAGCUCAGGUGUUCGAAUAUUGGGAAAUGGAGCUAUUGCGGGGAUCGUAGUGGGAGUUGUAGGCGCCUUGAUACUCGGAGCUGCGUGUACCUUUUUCUACAUGCGUCGAAGGUUAGCGAGUAACCCGCCGCCUUCAUCCCCAUCCUCGUCCCCGUCACCACCUGUUCUUCCGCCUCGAAACCCCGAAUUAGCUAUACAUGAACUGCACGAUAAGUCCAGACCCCCAGAGAUGCCGGAGUCAAACGCGCUUUACGAGCUCCAUGAACCACAUAGUCAGUCGGAGAUGCCCACGUGGAGCGAACAUAACCCCCAGGGACCCAACAAACCAAUGGCAUGGGAAUUACCUGCAUAA